AUGGACAUGAUGUGGUUGAUUUAUUCAUUGUUACUUACUGUUGUUAAUGCGCAAUCACGGUGCGAUGAAGUAUCAUUUGUUGAUCGAGAUGGAUGGGGCGCACAAGAACCAUCUGAAAUACAAAAUCUGACAAAAAAACCUUUGUCAUUCUAUAUCAUUCAUCAUGAGCCUGGUUUUGCUAAUUGUUAUGAUGAUAAAUCAUGCAUUGAUCAAGUAAAAAAUAUUCAAUAUGGUCAACAAAAUCUUCCGACCAUUGCCGAUAUUUUUUAUCACUUUUUAGUCGGCGAAAAUGGAAAAGUUUAUGAAGGUCGAGGAUGGGGUCGUGAAGGUGCUCAUUCAAAGGGCUGGAACAAAGAUGCAUUCGGUAUUUGUAUUAUUGGUAAUUUCACAACAGCAUCUCCGAAUGCAAAAGCGCUAAAGGCAGUACGUUCAUGGAUCGAUUGUGGUAAAGAACGAAGUCAUGUAAAAGAAAACUAUUACAUUAUUACUCAUCGACAAUCACAAAGUCCGGGUUGGACGAAUUGCCCUGGUAAUGGCACACUGGAUGUCGUACGAAAAUGGCCUCGAUAUUGUUCGUUUGAAAAUUCUGGAGAAUUUUCAGCUGUAAAUGAUAUGGUAAUAUCUCGUGCUCUGAAUUUCUGUAAAAAAGAAUUUUCAGCUUCUUCAACUGCCUCAACCUAUUUAAUAAAACCAAUGAUUUCAUUUUGUCUAUUAUUAAUCUAUUAUUUGUAA